AUGAAGCCAUUCAAUAAUAAUAAUAUUAUUAUUAAUUAUAAUUUAUUUUUAUUUUCAUUUAUUAAUUUUUUUUUUAAAUGGGUAUCCUGCGAAAAAGACAUUACAAUUAGUGUUGGACCCGGAAGCAAAGAAUGUUUUUAUCAAACAUUAAAAAUUGAUCAAGUUUUGGAUAUAGAUUAUCAGGUAAUUGAUGGCGGUCAGGGAGCUCUUGAUAUAUCAUUUUAUUUAAUGGCACCAGAUAAUAGAAUAAUUAAUUCUGUUAAAAAAGUAAAAUCUCACUUGUUAAAAAUUAGACAUUUACAAGAAUCGUUUCGAGCAUUUGCCACAAGAGAUAAAAACAUUUUAGAAGGAAAUGUUUCGAAAAUUAAUUCUUGGUCUCUUUUUCAAAUAUUAAUUAUGCUCUCUGUAGUUAUGGUUAAAAGUCUUUUCGAUGAAAAGUCAAAAUUUCAUAAAAUAUGGAAAAAAAUUGAAAGUUGA